AUGCUCGCUGGCCAUAGAGGUUGGAAAAGAAGAAAAGAUUCACACCUCUCGCUUGCAGACGUCAUAAGAGAUCUAAUUGAAGGCGGACCGAUACUAAAUCUGAGCUGGAAUGCAGGCUCCUCUUCUAAUAGUCUCCGCCAUUUCCUUCUUCUUCACUUCUUACUCUUGAUGAAUCGCUAUCGUGAGGAGGGCAUAUUUGUUCUACAGCGACACAGUCUUCUCCACUUUGAUGGAUCGUCGACAAUUUUGUCUUUCCGACUAUCGAAGAGAUUCCCAGAGCAACUAUUCGAGACCCUUUUAGUUAGUAAAUCAACUAUCGCUGGCCACCUCAACGUAACUGGUCUUGUAAAAAAGCUUGAAACUUGGAUUCCACCAGCAUUGAACAAUCGCCAAACAAAUCAUUGUGAAGUUUGCGCUGCUCUUCUUUGGCGAGAACAGAAACAAACCUUACCCGUUCUAUUUUCCAGACCUCUCGCCUAUCGACUACCAUUUUAG